UCCAUCACCUCACCAUUUUUUUUUUUUUUUUUUAAAUCACUACUUUUAUUUCGCAGAGGAUCUAUUUUUAUUUGUAUUAUUAUUGUUGUUGUGUUUCUUGGACUCAGAGGAGGACUUUCAGCAUCUUAAAAAUCUGCCGAUGCGGACUUUUGUUUUUUGCACGCCGCGGGAAAAGAAGGUGACUGUUCCCGUCCGUGCACGCGGCUGACGUAGGCGACGUGGGCGCGCACGGCGGCGACGACGGCAGCGCUCGUCAACGUCGCCCUCUUGCGGCCACCGGCGGUCGUCCUCCCCCUGGCGGAGAACAUUCCGAUCCAUCCUUCCUCCCCCUCCUCUCCUCCUCCUCAUCCUCCUCUUCUUCUACGCUCGGAGUGAGGGAACGUGGUAAAGAAAAUGGUCCAGAAGUCGCUCCUCACCGCCCUCCUCGUCCUGCAGGCCGUGGCCACGCCCCAUUUCUUGGCUCACCACGGGAGGAGGGUGUGUGGCAGCCGCGACCCCCACCAUCACGUUGUCACGGCAACCGAGUCGUACGUCCUCCCUCUGCACAGGCCCUACAUCACCGUGUGCCAGGGUCAGCGCCUUUGCAGCACGUACAAGACCGUGUACACACUCGCGUACCGGCAGGUGAGCAGGGUGGCGUCUGUGUCCAAUUAUUACCCAGAAUGCUGUCCGGGAUGGCGGCGCUUUCACUCUCUCAACUGUAACCAAGCUGUGUGCGAUCACACCUGUGUCAACGGAGGCGCGUGCAUCAGACCCGACCAGUGUGCAUGUCCGCCCGGAUGGACGGGACACAGCUGCCAGACAGAUGUGGACGAGUGCGUCCGGCAGCGUCCUUGCGCUCAGCAGUGCGUCAACACGGCGGGGAGCUUCCGAUGCGCCUGCAGGGCCGGCUUCGACCUGUCCGCCGACGGUCGCUCCUGCCACCGCCCGCUCCCGGCCUCCGGCGACGCUCCGACAGCAGGCGGACGCUUCAGCCUUCAGGGUAACAUGUCGGAGGAGGUGCGCAGCCUGAGGAGCCGGGUGGAGCUUCUGGAAAAGACGCUGCAGUUGGCGCUGGCACCGUACGGCAACGUCUUCCCCCUGUCGCUGGACGAGGGCGCGUCCGAGACCAGCGUGCUGUCCCACUCCUUCCAGCAGCUGGACCGCAUCGACUCACUCAGCGAGCAGAUCGGCUUCUUGGAGGAGCGCCUGGGAACCUGCUCUUGCCAGGAAAACUAGUGGUGAAGCAACCAACAUGGCCGACCAGCCCUCUCAUAAAGAAGUGGUACUCACCAACAUGGCGAGUCGUCACAUUGGUCGCACAAAGCAGACGGGAUGCUCCCGACAGGUCCUUCAUUCUGUUACAAAGUCUUGUUACGUUACGUUACACACAUCACCAACACCUGUAUGAGGUGAACUAUCAGUGCAGCUGUGCGUCCUCACACCCGGGACAUAUCUGUAUUUAUUAUUUAAAACUACAACCAGUUAUUUCUCAAUAAAAAUUUUUUUUUAUAUAAUUUUGUAACAUUUUGUAAUAAAAACAUUUUUCAUCCUAAA